GAUUGUCAUACCAAGUUUUCAUGGAGAUUUGCAAAUUAUUUUAUAAAUUUAUAACAGUCUAUCGAAUAUACUGAAAGGAAAUUAAUUAAGAUUUGAAUAGUCAUGUAAUAAAGCCGGAAUAUUAGAUGACUUUAACAGAACAGUUACACCAUCAGUAUGCCAACAUUCCUCACUCCAGGCCGACAUGGCUACAGUGUACAGUUUUCUCGGACACGUCCAGACAUGUUGGCUGUUGCAACCAGUCAGUACUAUGGAUUGGCAGGAGGCGGUACAUUGUUCUUUCUGGAAAUGUCACCAGAUGGCAGCACAAUUGUGGAGGUUCAAAAGUUAGAAUGGACCGAUGGACUGUUUGAUGUGUCGUGGUCGGGAUUGGGAGCGGGGGCGGCGGCGUGCGGCGCGGGGGACGGCGCGGUGGUGGUGUGGGGGGUGGGGUGCGCGGCGCCGCUGCGUGUGCUGCGCGCGCACGACGCCGAGGUGUGCUCCGUCGACUGGCCGAGGGGACACCUGCUCAGUGCCAGCUGGGAUACCACCGUCAAAAUGUGGGACCCGGAGGCGGAGUGUUGCGUGAGCACGUUCUCGGGCCACUCGCAGCUAGUGUACCGCGCAUCGUUCUCGCCGCACUCGGGCGCGUCGCUCGCCUCAGUGUCGGGGGACGGGCACCUCAAGCUGUGGACGUGCGCGGACCCCGCCCGCCCCGCCGCUCAGGUCAAAGCGCACGACGCGGAGGUGCUGUCCUGUGAUUGGAGUAGAAGUGACUCGCACGCGCUAGCGACAGCUGGCUCCGAUGGCUUGGUACGGGGGUGGGACUUGAGAAGGCUCACAACUCCUAUGUUCACAUUGAAAGGUUGCGAGUGUGCAGUACGAAGAGUUCAAUUCUCGCCACACGCGCCAUCUGUAAUAGCUGCUGUGUCAUACGAUUUUACUACUAGGCUGUGGGACCUGAAGCGCGGCUGCGAGCCUCUGGAGACCAUACGACACCACUCCGAGUUCACGUACGGCCUGGACUGGAACACGCUGCGGCCGCACCAGCUCGCCGACUGCGGGUGGGACUCGCUCGUGCACGUGUUCACACCUAGGACACUGCAAACGGUAUGAAAAUAUAAGAGAACGCGAACGGGAAAUGUUUGUGAUACUGUGCCAAAUUUUGAAGAUUGGAAGAUUAUAUAGGUGUACGGAAAUUAACAGUAAGGGUAAUUAAUUUCUAUUUACCGUUACUUAUUUUGACUAUGUUUAAAUACUGAUUGGUAUUUUAUUCUGUUAUUUUUCUAUAAGGUUAAAAAAAGGAAAGUUAUAUUGCUAUCUAGAGAAACAUUAGUGUUCGAAACGGUCUACGAUCACCUUAAAUGAAACUUGGGAUUUUUACAACUGGUUUGUGUAUUCAUUUGUUGUCAAAUCAUUAAUUAAUGAAAUUUGCAUUUUCUAUGCAUUUUUGAUAUUUAUCUUAAGAGAAAUAUUUAUGAUAUACACCGGCCCUACAUGCUUCAGAUCAUUGCAACAAGGGUACCAGUGAGUGGUGUAUCUUUGAAAUAUUUUUAAAGAUACAUUAUUGUACUUUACAUUCCAAUUCUAAAGAUAUAAAACUAAACACUAGAAUCGAAAGCUUUUGAUUGAAUUGAAAAUAUCGAUUUUAUUGGUCAUAUUAAGAUGCUUAAACAAGAGAAGCUUAUGUAGAUAGAACCACUAUUGAAAGUAACAUUACGAAAAGGAAGUGUUGAUAAGACAAAAUUAAUACUAUCACUAAAGCAUAUAUUUAAAUGAUAAAAAAUUGUAAGAAAAUCUUUGUGGGUUCGUAUGUGUACAUUAUAGAUCAAUAAAUUUUUAAUUUUCGUUCACUAUUAUUUUGUCUAGCUUACUCUAUAAUUCAUUUGACGUAACAAACAGGAAAUGGUUAUAUAGAUUUUUAUAAUAACGCGGGUAUAAAAUGUAAGAUACAGGGUGGUUGAUAAAAGGUGGAAUGAUUAAGUAAUAAAUCUGAGAAUAUUUAUUACGCCACCAGCAUAUGAGGUUAUUGAAUUCAGGUAAAUUCCCCCGCUAGAUUUAAAUCGAUCGAUUGCAGAUACUCGAUAUGUUGUUGUGGUAACUUGAUAUGCUGUUGUUUGUACUAAAUAAAUUGUGAAUAGGUGAUACGGUACCAUUAUUUAUAAGUAUCAUUGACAAAAUUCAUUAGCGCAGAAAGAAGCAAGCUAACCUUGAAAAUAUCGACUUUAAUGCGUUACGUUAAGGCUUACCAUCGUUUUAUUACUAGCGACUGCUGUGAAACAUGGCGGGCAUGCAUCAACCAAUAGGAAACGAGCAAGAAUUGCGCGCGAACACAGAACUUUACGAUUGGCUAAAAAAUAUAGGAGCUUUUAAAAAAUUGAACUUCUGCGCGGGUACGUCGAUGUAACUUAUAAGUAUGGUUCUACUGUAAUAACAUAUAGAUAUAUUAUUAAGAAUUAUAUCAACCUGUUAAUGUAUUACUAAGCUAUGUUGACUGAAUUUAUAUUUUUAUUUCUUGUACAGUACUUAUGGUUUUAAUAAUUAUGUUAUCAAUAAUAUGCACGAAUAAUUUUUUGGUACAGUGAUUUCAGCAAAAUGUAUUUAGUCCAUUAAUUGCUCUUGAAGUUUUUACCCCGAGACAAAUUAAUUUUGAAAUAAUGAUAAAAAAAUCCAUAAUUUAAUAUUGUUUUCGUUAAGGCAAUAUUAGAAUAUUUUCUUUAUUUUUGCCUCAAUUUGUCAACAAACUUAUAAUACACCUACAUUUAAAACAUUAUUUUUCUUCGAAAAUGUGUUCUAUUAAUGAUACUAUACUGAUAUUAAAGAUAUCGUGCAUUGAUAAUAAAAAUAUCGGUAUGUUCAAGUAAUACUAUUUACUAUUGCUACUAUUCUAUUCAAACGCCCUUGGGUCAAAAAUGUUAUAAAAACUAUUUCUUUCAUCUUCUUUUAAUACCGAUGGCAAUAGACAUUACACAUACGUUUUCACAUUUUAUUAUUAUGUUUUGUCCCCGGAGGAAAUAUUUUAAGAGCAAUAAAUGGACUAAGCAACGGAAUUACGUAUAAUAUUAAAUGCAAUAAUAUAUAAAUAUGAUUGUAUAUUAUAUGUUUUAUCGAUCGAUAUGUGUUUUGUAAAUAAUGUGCUAAUAAUACAGGGCUGUAGAAUAUCUAGCUUAUUGUUAUUGGAAUUUCAUAUACAGAGUGAGUUUUUGAGAUGGAAUAUUAAGAGCAGGUAUCUCGCUGUCAGGUUGCUGAUUGUAUUAAAAAUCUUUGAAUGAAGUUCAGGAUAUCUUAAAAAGUUAUUAAUGGUCUCCUAGGAAUGUUUUUGGGU